CUCCGCCUUACGCCCGCUUCCCGGCCCCCGCUCCUCCCUUCGCUCCCCUCUCUAUUCCGUUCGCAGAUCUCAUGGCGUCGAUGGCGAGCUUGGCGAACGGAUCGUCGGAUCCGUCUGCGGGCAGGGCCGCGGCCGUGGACAAGGGCGUGGACUACGCGAACUACUUCUGCACCUAUGCCUUCCUCUACCACCAGAAGGAGAUGCUUUCCGACCGUGUCCGGAUGGACGCCUACCACAACGCCGUUUUCCAGAACAAGCACCACUUCCGCGGAAAGGUUGUGCUGGAUGUUGGCACGGGUAGCGGUAUUCUUGCAAUCUGGUGCGCGCAAGCUGGUGCGAAGAAGGUGUAUGCUGUCGAAGCUACCAAGAUGUCCGACCAUGCCCGUGAGCUUGUUAAAGCGAACAAUGUCGGUGACAUUGUUGAAGUGGUCGAAAGUUCGAUGGAAGAUGUUGUCUUGCCUGAGAAAGUUGAUGUUAUAAUCUCGGAGUGGAUGGGAUAUUUUCUUCUGCGGGAGUCGAUGUUAGACUCCGUAAUAUGUGCACGUGACCGUUGGCUGAAACCCGAUGGAAUAAUGUACCCCAGUCAUGCUCGUAUGUGGAUAGCACCGAUCAGAUCUGGUUUAGGAGAUCAGAAAAUGAACGACUUGGAAUGUGCAAUGAAUGACUGGUAUAAUUUUGUCGAGGAGACUGAAACACAUUAUGGGGUUAAUAUGAAUGUUCUGACGAAACCUUACCAUGCAGAGCAUGAGAAGUACUAUCUAAAGACAUCAUCAUGGAGCAACCUUCAUCCGAAUCAAGUGAUAGGAACCCCUUCUAUCAUCAAGGAAAUUGAUUGUCUGAUGGCCACUGUGGAUGAAAUUCGUAAUGUUACUUCAAAAUUUUCAUUGUCAAUCAAUAUGGACAGGACAAGACUAUCUGGAUUUGCUGGGUGGUUUGAUGUCCAUUUUCGAGGUAGUGUGCAGAACCCGGCGAUGCAUGAAAUUGAGUUGACCACUGCUCCCAGCGUAGACAAUACAACACAUUGGGGCCAACAGGUAUUCUUGUUGCAUCCUCCUCCUAGAGUUCAUGAAGGGGAUAGAGUGAUGAUCUCUUUUUUGAUGACCCGCUCUAAAGAGAAUCACCGGUUGAUGGAUGUGGACUUUACCUACGAACUACAGCAUUCAUCUGGGAAGUGGCUUCCUCCUGUCACUUCCAAGUUCUAUAUAGAAUGAGGAGACCUGUGGCAACAAUACAGGGUUGGUGGGCAAGGGAAUGUCAUUAGAUCUUGUUGGUUAUCUGGACUGCCAAUCUAAGCAGUGGGGUCAUAUAUGCUCGAUAUUUUUCCCGUAAAGAGAAGCCAUUUCAUUUCGGAAUGGCAAAUGCAGUGAUUGCUUGCAAUUUUGUUAGCAUUUGCAGUGUUCCUUCAGGAUCUAGUAUUCUGUUAGUUUAUUAAGAGAUUUUUUUUGUAUGAUACAUGGAUAUAAUUUUUUUUUCCAAAAAAGUCUUAUGUUUUAUUGCUAGAACUGUGCACGUGGACUUGCCUGCGUCGUAAUCUCCAACAUUUUGCUAAAGUUGAUCUUGUAAUAGCACCACAUAUCAUUGAUUUAAGUUUGUAAUUUCAAUGAAUGCUUGCAUAAA